AUGCCAGGCAAACCUGCGCCCAUCAAGAAGUCCCCAGCCAAGAAGGCUGCUGAGAAGGCACCUGAGCCCGCCCCGGAGCCUCCACCGGCUCCCGUAGAGGCUCCACCUGCAGAGCCUGCACCUGUGGAAGCUCCUCCAGCUGAGGCUGCUCCUGCACCCGAGGCAGCUCCAGCAGCCCCCGCAGAGGAAGCCCCUGCUGCUGAAGCAAGCCCCCCAGACACUCCUGCUGCAGAUGCACCCUCUGCAGACGCUCCUGCUGCAGAUGCACCCGCAGACGCUGCUCCAGCAGAAGCUGCCAUAGUUGAGGAGCCGCCAAAGGCCCCCACGCCCCCACCUCCUGCAGCGCCCACCAGUGCUCCUCUGGACGUGUCUGUGGAGGAUGUGAACGACAUCAGCGUCACCAUUAAAUGGAACACGCCACAGACCAUCGGAGAGUCCGGCCUGAGCGGAUACAGUGUCGAGUACUGCAAGGAUGGAACAAAAGACUGGGUUGUAGCUCAAGAGGGGCUAACCACAGCUAACCGCUGCUGCAUCAGGAAUCUGGCAAUCGGUGACCUGCUGCAUGUGCGCGUGGUGGCUGUAAAUGCCGCGGGCCGCAGUGAACCUGGUACCCUUGCUGAGCCUGUGCCCAUCCGCGAGGUUGGUGGCCGCCCCAGGGUCCGCCUGCCCCGCAAUCUCAGAUCCUGCUAUGUCAAGCAGGUUGGAGAGCAGAUCAACCUGGUCAUCCCCUUUCUUGGAAAGCCCAAACCUGUGGUGUCCUGGCUGAAGGACGGUAAGCCUUUGGAUACAAAGAGGGUCAACAUCAGGAACAGCGACAAGGACAGCAUCAUGUUUAUCCGCACCGCUGAGAGGGACGACUCUGGCGUUUACGAGAUUUCUGUUAAAGUGGACAGCUUUGAAGACAAAGCCUCCAUCCCCUUUCAGAUUGUGGAGCGGCCCGGCCCUCCUACCAGUAUGAAGCUGGUGGACUCCUGGGGCUUCAACGCUGCUCUGGAAUGGACCCCUCCCAGGGAUAAUGGCAACUCAGAGAUCACUGGAUACACGGUCCAGAAGGCAGACAGGAAGACCAAUGAAUGGUUCACGGUGCUGGAACACUACCACAGGCUCACUGCCACCGUCUCAGACCUCAUCAUGGGCAACUCGUACAUCUUCAGAGUGUUCGCUGAGAACCAAGUGGGCGUCAGCGAGUCGAGCGCCGUCACCAAGGGGGUGGCUACAGUCCCCAAGACAGGUAUCAUUUACAAGCCUCCUGAGUACCCAGAGCACGACUUCAGCGAGGCACCCAAGUUCACCACGCCCCUCAACAACCACGCUGCCACUGUGGGAUACACCACCAAGCUGCUGUGCUCUGUCCGUGGAUCCCCCAAGCCUAAGAUCGAGUGGUUGAAGAAUCAGAUGAUCAUUGCUAACGACCCCAAGUUUCGUAUGAUCUCGAACCAGGGUAUUUGCUCCCUGGAGAUUCGCAAGCCCUGCAGCUUCGAUGGCGGCGUGUACACCUGCAGAGCCAAGAACGCCCAGGGAGAGGCCGCUGUCUCCUGCAAGCUGGAGGUCAAACAGGUCAUUCUUCCAGAUGCUAACAAAUAAACCAACACCCAAACUCCCGGAGUGCCUUUAAAGGACCAGCAGAAGUCCAGGUCUUAUGUUUUAAGUAUAUUUGAGGAGGUGCUAGGUAGUUGCUGUCUGGGCAGCAGUGUGUACAUAAUGAAGAAAAGGACGGAACAACACGCCAACAUCUCUGUAUCUAUUUCCACCCCCAACCAUCCAGACUUCCCCACUGCUCCCAGUAUGCAGGGAAGACCCACGCCACCCAACCCAUCCCAGUUUGCCAAAUGCUGUAUGUUAUUUUGGUUGGUGACAUGUGUGUAAGGCUAUAUUUAAAACGUACAAUGUUUUUUUUUUCUGCCUGUGUCCAUGUUUGUACUACUCAAUAAAAUGGUGAACCCUUGGACAUGCUACUGCAAUGACUGUAUGGAUGUUUAAUAAAAAAUGUAUUU